GUGUGUGUGUGUGUGUGUGAGGUGUCUGAUAUUUUGUUGUAGUCUGUGCUAGUGGCUGAGUGAGCAGUACGAUUAGAGGGGAGUAGAGCAGCAGCAGCAGCAGCAGCACUAGAGGCGGGAGGAUGUUGCGUCUGUGCUACCGAUUAGGCUGAUCAGAGUCGGAGCUACGAUGCAGUGACAGACUACAGGAAGACACACACCAACACACACAUACAUAGAGAGAGGGGAUGAUAUGCUACUAGACUAUGGCACCGUCGGGCUCGCGUAGUAUCAAGAGGGGCUGUCAGAGAGUUUUGUACUGGAUCCCGGUCCUCUUCAUUGCCCUCAUUGUGGCUUGGUCAUACUACGCCUAUGUUUUGCAGCUUUGCAUAGAAUCCAUUGAAGACAUUGGAGAAAAGGUUGUGUACCUGCUGGCGUACCAUGUCAUAUUCAUCAUGUUCGUGUGGGCGUACUGGCAAACCAUCUUCACCAAGCCAGUGAACCCCCUGAAGGAGUUUCACCUGUCCUACUCUGACAAAGAGCUGCUGGAGCGUGAAGAUCGGGGGGAGUCUCAGCAGGAGAUCCUGAGGAGGAUAGCCAAGGAUCUGCCCAUCUACACCCGCACCAACUCUGGAGCAAUCCGUUUCUGUGACCGCUGCCAGCUGCUGAAGCCUGAUCGAUGUCACCAUUGUUCAGUCUGUGAUAAAUGCAUCCUGAAGAUGGAUCACCACUGCCCCUGGGUGAACAACUGUGUGGGAUUCUCCAACUACAAAUUCUUCAUGCUCUUCUUGGCGUAUUCACUACUCUACUGCCUUUUUAUAACGGCUACGGAUCUUCAAUACUUCAUUAAAUUCUGGAUGAACGGUCUCCCAGACACACAGGCAAAGUUCCACAUUCUGUUCCUCUUCUUCUCGGCCGCCAUGUUUUCUGUCAGCCUGGCGUCACUUUUCAUCUACCAUUGCUGGCUCGUCUGCAAGAACAGGUCUACUCUGGAGGCUGUGCGUGCUCCAGUGUUUCGCCACGGCACAGAUAAGAACGGCUUCAGUCUGGGUCUGAAUAAGAACUUCCGCCAGGUCUUUGGGGAUGAAGUGAAAUACUGGCCCAUUCCAGUUUUCUCCAGUUUAGGCGACGGCUGCUCGUUCCCAGCCUGUCUGGUGAACCUGGACCCUGAGCAGCCCUCUUCACCCACCAACUCCAACCCUGUAAACAAAGUUGCAGCAGAGGGCCGCCAGUUCCCUUCAAAGCCGCUGAGGGAGUCUCAGAGUCGACUGCUCACCAGCACCCCCUCCUGGUCAGAGAGUGACAGUGCAACAGACAAAGACAGGAAGGGUGCCAGCAACCCGGUGAUGAUCAUUGAAAACGAGGCGUAACCAGAGACCGGAGAGCUAUUGGUGACACCUUCAUCCCAGAAGAGUACGUUUACAGUCGUGUAGAAAGUACUCACACAUAUUUAAAAAAAUCUCUUAGUUUGUGUUUUACACAAACAGGUCUAUGCUGCCCCCUUCUCUGUGAUGCUAUAACAAACCUCUUCUGCUGCUAUCUCAAAGUAUCUGAGCUUCAGGACAAAAUGAUUGAAAUUAAAAAUGCAUUCCAACAUCCCAUGAUCUCCUGUUUCUCAAUGACAAAGCACAGAGCAGCAGUGGAAGAAGAGCGGUUUUGUUUUUCACUUUGUAUAAUAGGAGAUUAUUUCUAUGUAAUGGUAGAAUUUGUCUCGUGUGCCAAAUGUUUGCACAUCCAGUAUAGCUUAUAGAAGUGUUCAUGUGACUGGUGUUCCUUUAGUCUUUUGUUUCGUUCUAAAAAGGGGGUGGGCAGGUUUUCCACCGACCACGUUUGAGUGUCGUGAAAGUCCAAAAAUGAUGCAUGCUCUCACCUCAGGAUGUCUACACACACUGUUGUAAUGAACUGUACCACAAGAUGUUCUGCCCUUUGCUUGGAAAAAAAAAAAGGUGUAUUUUAAUUAGUCAUCUGAAUAAGGGCUCUUCAGACUUGUUUUAGCAUGAGCGAGGAUUUUACUGUCAUACGGGAACACCUGAGAGCGGGUGCUGCUCUGUGCUGCUCUGUGCUGCAACAGUGUGUGUGUGUGUGUGUGUGUGUGUGUGUGUGUGUGUGUCUGCCAAAUAUCUACACUUCUGUCUGGCAGUCUGUGCUACACAACCAACUCCCGGCCAAAAGCCUCCCGACCGUCUCCCCGGGGUUCACAGGCACACCGACCAGCCGCCAGGAAAGCCUGCAGAUCUGCUCACCAUCAAAAAAAAAGCAGAUCCUGCUCAGUGUUUUUCUUUGACAUUGUGAAUGCACUGCAGAGCAAACAAAAACAUUUUAAAAAAAGGAAAAAAAAGAAAAAAGCUCCAGUGGCUUUGUACAGUUUAUUUUCCCCCUCUGAGGAUUCUCUCUGUUCUCAUCUGUGGCUGGAAACCAUCUCUAAAAAUGUAUUUGGAAGAAUGUAUGCUUGUUACAAAACCCUACAUGGUGACAGUGUUGCUCUAUAUUUUUCUAUUCUACUGUCUGUAUGACUCUAAAGACAAUAUGGAUGUGUGAGUAAUGUACUGUACAAUUGUGAUGCCUUAUAAGAAUAAAAAACAAGCUCAUCUUCA